AAGUGGAUCCAUAUGUAAUGCUGAAAAGGAAAGUUAUAACCGAGUUCCGCCGGCACAACAGGAGCUCACGAUGGAAUGCUGAUGCUCAUUUGAGGGCUCACGAACGAUCCGCAAAUGUAGAAGACGAUGCAAUUAUGCGGGUUGAUACAUGUCAACUAGCCGCAAAUAAUCCAAUCGAAGAUUUUUAUUCUGCUGCUAAAUGUUUAUCCAGUCGCGCCUUCUUGUUCGGAGUUUUUGAUGGUCACGGAGGACAACAAUGCAGUCGACAUAUUUCCACAAAUCUCUACCCGUACCUUUGUGCUUCAGUGCUUAAAAAGCACGAAGUUGUCGACUACCCGUCGGAUCAACGACUCGAAUGGCUCUUCAGCAGCUCCGAUGGUCAUUUACCGAACGCUUUCAAAGGUCGCGAGACACAACAUAUCGCAGAAUAUCACAAACAGUUCAAAAAGAAUGCGAAUGCGUACACGGGAACUGUCCGCGAGGCUUUGAAACUUGCAUUCGAGACGUGUGACAAGGAUCUUGCUGAGAAUGCGUUACCAAGUGCAAAAGGAGUUAUAGAUCGGCACGCGGCGAUGGUCGCAGCAUCGGGAUCCUGCUGUACAUUGGCUCAUAUUCGAUCUCGACAUUUACACGUGGCAAAUCUCGGCGACGCGGCUGCAGUUCUCGGAGUUGUGAAUCCGAAUGGAAGUGUGACAGCGAGGCAGUUAUCAAGGGCACAUUGUGUUGAUAAUGCUGAUGAGGUUCAUCGGAUUCGAAUCGCACAUCCUGCAUCAGAAUCUCAAACUGUUUUACGAGGCGGUCGAUUAUUGGGAGAACUUUUUCCGCUUCGAGCAUUUGGAGAUGUUCGGUAUAAAUGGCCACUGGAUCUUCAGAAGGUUGUCCUCGAACCCCUAGGUCAUCCACCUCCCCAACAUCUCUUCACUCCACCUUAUCUAUCAACAUCUCCCGAAGUUUUUUAUCACAAAUUAACGCCAAAUGAUAGGUUCCUGGUGUUAGCCACUGAUGGAUUAUGGGAGUGGCUGGAUCCUGAUACAGUAGUUCGUUUAGUACAUGAUCACACCCUCGGAACGAUUACACAGCAACCAUACGUGCCAAAGUCUGGAACAUCACUUCGACAAGUUCGUGAACAGCUGAAAGAUCGAGCAAGAGGUGAACAGAAGACGAAGAAGCCGAUCGAUGAGAACUGUGCGACACACAUCAUUCGUCAUGCGUUAGGAGGUGUUAGUGGAGGAGCGACAAAACAAUAUGAGAGGCUUAUUGAUAUUCUACAGGUCCCUCCCGGCCGAGCACGUAACUAUCGUGACGACAUCACUGUUAUUGUGAUCCAUUUCAAUGAAACCUUCCUCGACGGUCACGAAGACGAUGAAGAAUAACUCUUAAAAUUAAUGCCAUGCACACAUUUUUAUAGUCUUUACUGGUAUUAUCCCUAUUUUAAUUUUUGUAAUCUCCCCUCUGUAGAGACGACGACUUUAUGCCAAAGAGUCUCCCCGGUCUUUGUCUAGGUAUCUUUUCUUGUAUAUAAUAGUUGCAUUUAUUGUUAAUUGGUGCUCAAGAUCAAUGAUU